AUGCUGGGCGUCGAGCCCGAGGGCAGAGGCGGCGCGUCCUCCUCCGCCGCCGCAGAGAAUUUUGACGCUGAGCAGUACGCCUUCUUCGGGAAGGAGCCACUGGACGGGUUCGAGCUCGGGGGCUUGGAGGAAGCCGGCAGUGAUGGCAAUGGCGGUGGAUUCGGUGGGCCAGAUGAGGGGCUGUACCGGCUGAACUCUGUUGGAGAUGAGACUGACGAUCUGAGUAACUUGUCUGACAUUGAUGAUCUUGCAAGCACCUUUGCUAAGUUGAACCGAAGCAUUAGUGGAAUCCGGAAUCCUGGUGUUAUUGGGGACAGGAGAUCCAUUUCAAGAGGAAGUUCUUUAACUGUUGACUGGGCUGAGGAUGUGGAGUUUUCAAACUGGGGAGAUCAAGACAUAUUUGAAAAUGGGGAAUUCCACGAAAGUAAAAGAUGGUGGUCAUCCAAUUCUUCAGUUCAGCAAGGGGAUUCCAACUCCAGACCACUAAGUCGAACAUCUUCCUACCCUCAGCAGCCACUGCAGCACCGGUCAAGUGAGCCUAUCGUUUUACCAAAGACAUCUUCAUUUACCUCAUUCCCACCACCUGUUGCUAUUGGUGGUAGAUCCCCUUACCCUGCUCAAGGCCUUACACGUCAUGGGAGCAUUCCAUCAAUUGGUGCUGGGCUCCAAAUGGGUUCUCCGAGCAUGUCACUUUCUGCUUCUCCAUACCAUAUGGUCGGACCAUCUCAUGGUCUGCCAUACACGGGAGGAAUGCCUUACGGUGCUCUUAACCUGCCUGUAAACAAUCCAGUGCAAAAUGACUGGUCGAACCAUGGUAACCCUUUCACUGGGGAACAUCUUAAUCUACUGCCCAACCUAUUGCACAAACAAUUAUCACUUCCUAAUAGCCCAAUGCCGUCACUCCUAUUUUCUCAGCAUCAGCAGAGAUUGGCACAGGUCCAAUCACCCCAUCAGAAUUACCUCAAUAUAACUCCACACCUGCUAUAUCCCCAUCACUCUGCAGAGGUUACAGGUAGGUUUGAUUCUGUUGGCAGUUCUCAUUCAUCAAGAGACAAGAGAUCAAGGUCGGGGAGGGGAAAGCAUAGCAGUCGCUUCUCUCAACCACCAUCUGAUACUGGUAGCCAGAAUGGUGACAGCGGAGGUAUAAAGUUUAGAUCCAAGUACAUGUCAUCUGAAGAGAUUGAAUCAAUCUUAAGGAUGCAGCAUUCCGCAAGUCACAACAGUGAUCCUUAUGUUGUUGAUUACUACCAUCAAGCUUGUAUGGCAAAAAGGGGCGCCACAUCUAAGCAAAAGGCCAAUUUCUCCCCAACAUCAAUGAAAGAUAUACCAUCCAAAUCUCGAUCCAGCAGUGAUCAGCACACAUAUCUUCAGGUUGAUGCUCUUGGAAGAGUAUCUUUCUCUUCCAUACGUAGGCCUCGGUCUCUUCUUGAAGUUGACCAUCCUUCAUCUGCUGAUGGCUCUCAUGAUCAGAAGUCUACUGUGAGGCCCCUGGAGAAAGAACCAAUGCUUGCAGCAAGAGUCACUGUUGAAGACGCCCUUUGCCUUCUUCUUGAGGUUGAUGACACUGACCGUCUGUUGCAGUCUAGCCAGUCACAGGACAACAUUUUCCAACUGAAGCGAAGACGGCAAGUCCUCCUGGAAGGUCUAGCAGCAUCACUGCAGUUUGUUGAUCCUCUCGGACCCAGCAAAUCUGGUCAUUCAUCUGGGUUAGCCCUGAAGGACGAUGUUGUUUUUCUUCGCAUUGUUUCUCUGCCCAAAGGACGUAAGUUUUUAGCACGUUACCUUCGGCUUCUUGUCCCUGGCAGCGAGUUGACCCGGAUAGUAUGCAUGGCUAUUUUUCGCCAUUUGAGGUUCUUGUUUGGGGGUUUGCCAUCAGACUCGAGUGCAGCAGAAACUACAGUUGCUCUUGCGAAGGCUGUUUCGUCUUGUGUGCAUCACAUGGAACUUGGUCCUCUUAGUGCCUGUCUUGCUGCUGUUGUCUGUUCAUCUGAACAGCCACCCCUGCGCCCUCUUGGUAGCUCUGCUGGUGAUGGGGCUUCUCUAGUUAUUAAAUCAGUACUGGAUCGAGCAACUGAGUUACUGACUGAUCGCCAUGCUGCAGCCAGCUACACUGUGCCAAACCGUGCUCUCUGGCAGGCAUCGUUUGAUGCUUUCUUUGGGCUUCUAACAAAAUACUGUGUCAGUAAGUUUGAAAGCAUUCAGCAGAUGUUUGUCAUGCAGGCACCAAGCUCGGGAAUUGGACCUGAGGCUUCCAAAGCUACUAGUAAGGAGAUGCCUGUUGAGCUACUUCGUGCAAGCCUUCCUCAUACAAAUGAGCAGCAACGCCAGCGGCUUCUUGAUUUUGCUCAGAGAUCCAUGCCAGUAACAGGUUUCAAUCCCUCGGGUGCUAGAGGUGGGCACAUCACUUCAGAAUCUGUUCCUGGUUGA